AUUGGGCUAGCACUAUACAAUUAGAAUCAGACAGCUGAUUGGCCAGCAGGAUGCUGUCAACUACCCCAACAGAGGGCCUGAAGGACCCUGAAAUUGCAGAACUCUUCUUCAAAGAAGAUCCAGAGAAGCUCUUCACAGAUCUCAGAGAAGUUGGACAUGGAAGCUUUGGAGCAGUGUACUCUGCACGAGAUGUGCACACCAAUGAAGUGGUGGCUAUCAAGAAAUUAUUUUAUACUGGAAUGCGGUCUACGGAGAAAUGGCAGGACAUUAUUAAGGAAGUCAGGUUUCUACAAAUAUUAAAACAUCCCAACAUUAUAGAAAACAAAGGCUGCUAUUUAAGUGAGCACACAGCAUGGGUAGGUAUCUGCUCUCCCCUUGCUGUAAUUUUACUUGUAAUGGAAUACUGUAUAGGAUCUGUUUCAGAUUUUCUGAAAGAAUGA